UAUGCUACCUGGGGAACUGGGCCACAUAGCACCUGGGCAGAUAUGCAAGAUGAAACUCGUUCUUACCUAUAUGUGCAACCUAAGGAGGGAGAGUUUUGUUUCCAGUGUAAUAGGUUAACCAGUGUGAAAGAGAUACUGUAAAGUCACCUUUAUAAAAAAAUGUGGCUAAUAUAAAUGGCUCUUACAAACCUAAAGUAAUUCCUUUUGAUUGCUACAUUCAAGGAUAUAAUGAACAGGUUACCCUCUACGUCAAAACAUGCAACACGGGAUACAUCCCCUGCUAACUGGGCAAAGAGGCACCUUUUACUGUGGUGUUUCUCUCUAUUUAGCAGGUGGAGAGUAACUGGCCCUAUCCACCCCCAACACAGUACCUCCAGUGACUGUUGCUGGUGUCUAUCUUGUGUUUCUUUUUGGAAUGUGAGCCCUUUGGGGACAGGGAUCCAUCUUAUUUAUUUAUUAUUUCUCUGUGUAAACAACCCUGAGCCAUUUUUGGAAGGGCGGUAUAGAAAUCGAAUUAAUAAUGAUGAUGAUGAUGAUGAUGAUGAUGCCUCUGACAAUGUGCAGAAGGUCCAAUAAGUAGCCUAGGCAACCCUAGAUCAUACUAAGAAUAUUUUGGCCCUGGUUGAUCUCCUGGCUGCCAGAUUUGGGAGCCAGGGAAAGGGAAAUUUUAGCAAUUUGUUUUAUUAUCCUGAUUUUCAUUGCCCUUUUUAUACUUUGGGGUCAUGUUAUUGAAAUGUUAUGUGCAAACUCUAAACAGAUCUGAUGCCAUAUAUGCCCGUCUCAAUCUGAACUGCGUGAAAUUGGUACCAAGCUGCGCAAACAAGAGGCAUACCUGCAGAAGAGUCAAGUGUAAAGUUGAGGUUUAAUGUAGUCACAAUAAGCCACAAAGGGGGGAAUGAUGAAGAGAAACUUUAGUUAGGUCUGGAUUGGGCCUAGUCAACUAUCUAGGCAAGGCCUGUAACUUUUGGAUCUCAGUACUGCUGUAAGAGUUACCAUGGUAACAUAAUGUAUCCAUCUACCUUGUGGAGGGUAUUGAAGGAGUUGGGACAACAUAUAGGCUAAAGUGUUAAGAACUGGUGCCAAAUGGUGAUUGGUGCAUACUCUUAAUGGAGAUAGUAAUAUAGCCUGAUGUCUGACUUUUAAUGUAAUUGGCUAACUGGUUAUGUUAUCUGCCCCUGACUGGAGAAACUUUACCAUCUUUACUUUGCAUAAAUUAUGUUACUUGUUGUAUUAUGAUUGGUUGCAAAGAACUGCAAGGACAUAUAUAUGUCAGACUCACUUCUGCAAGCUGAACCUGACAAACAUCUCUUGAGAAGAGUGCAAGCGGAGACCAAAUCCCGCAACACAGUCAUGAACCCAACAGGUCUUCUGCUCUUCAGUCUGCUGGUUUUCUUCUUGUGCUCAGAUGUGAUCUUUGGAGCAGAGCAGUCACAGAUUGAUUGCAGUAUCUAUGCCAGUAAUAUCUGCCCCUUCCGGUACCGGCCCCUUUGUGGUUCUGAUGGCAGAACAUAUUUCAACCCAUGCAUAUUCUGGAACAGAGUCAUGAGACGUCAUGGAUCACUAGUGCUGAGGCACAAAGGAAAGUGUUAGAAAUCAGCUGAACUUCAACAAGACCAAGGAACAUCGGCUAAAGAAUAUCCAUGUCUCUUCAUGCUUCAGCAUACAUUAUUAUUAUUAAUUCAAUUCAAUUUGAUUUCUAUACCGCCUUUCCAAAAAUGGCUCAGGACGGUUACAUUGAAAACUUUGUCGCAACAGAAAAAUCAAUUUUUCCUUGUGGCUAAUGAAUAUCUUGCAAUAUUUCAACACAUUUUAUCAAUAAAGUAAA